UGGGGAGACAUUUUAAUACCCCCUGUGAUGGCCAACCGUCAAGACCAGCGGCUACCAGUGGUGAGGAGGAGGCCACCACUUGGUGCUCGGGUCGUCACCAGUGACGAAUACAACGAGCUGCUGGUCCGACAGGAGGAAGAGGAGAAGGAGGAAGCGCGGCUUUGGAGACAGGCAGAAGUGCUGAGGAAGAGGGAGAUGGCGCAGAGGAAGAGGGAGGAGGCCCAGAGGAAGAGGGAGGAAAAGGAGAGGAAGAGGGCAGAGAAGGAGAGGCAGAUGGCAGUAGUGGAGGAGCUUGGCGGACACUGCGCUGUCUGCCGUAGCCUAUCCCCUCCCUCAGAAGUGACAGAAGGAAACAAGACACCUUUGGCGUCGCGCAAUCGGUUUGUCCGCCUAUCUUUGGCAUUUCAACUGUUUAAUCUUUAAUCAGUUUAAUCUUUUAAAAUCAACUUUAAUGUUAAUAGUUUUUUUUGGGAGGCAUAUGGAUCAGCGUUCUCGUCGCGCCUCCUGUCAGUACCUGUUCUUAUGCAGGGAAGCUAAUGAUCCUAAUAUAUUUCUAAACACAACAUCUCACAGUUCUCUGUUGAAAGCAGGGCUCCAAUUGAUUUACAAUUCUAUAUCUUUGUGUAGGAUAUGUAGGUAUGCUAGUUUGAAACCACACUAGCUAUGGAAAUAAAGAGUGAAUGCAAUUAUGGAUUGAAGUUGGCUUUGUCCACAUACAAUUUGUCCAUUUCACAACACCUUGUAUUUCUAAUGCUGAGAAGUAGUCUAGCCAAAGGAAUAACUUGUCCCUAUGAGAACCCUGUGACGGAUGCCAACUUUCCACCAGCUUUCAUUUUGACACGCAUAUUCAAGGUGAGGGGUAACCACUAGAAUCACAGGAGCUUCCACUGUAUUCCCAU